CGUCGUCAUGAUACUGCAGCAUUUAUGGCAAAGGCCAUUUCUAUUAGGGAUUUGAAGCAACAAGUGGCUAAAUUAUGCCCUGAAGGGACACCAAUACCUUCAGAUUCUUGGGUGCGCUAUAAUUUCUUACCAAGAAACGUUCAUACUCAUGCUGCUAGACAUUACAGAGGCCGUUUAGAGGCUAAGCACAUGAUACAAAGACGUCAGUUCAGGAAAUCUCAUAUAGAUGCACAUUAUUGUUCUGCACUUUUCAGGUAUAUGAGAGAAUAUGCCAUUACUUUAAGAGAUAUAGCUCAGUUUGUGUGUAUUGAUGACAAACAUCGAAUUAAAGUGGGAGAGCCAGGUUUUCCUGUGGCGGCUGUGGAGAGAGGUAGAGAAGUUAUUGUCUCCUUAAAUGAAACAUAUGCCGUUGGAGAUCAUGAUUUUACAAAAUUUAGUGUAAUACCUAGUGUCACGUUUCUAGUUGAUAUUCCUGAAUCAAUGGAUGGGUCAUGGUACAGAGGACAAGUUUUUAUUGGAAUCAAGGAUGCUAUAUUUGAACCGUCCUCUCCUCUUAGACAUGCAACAGAACUCUAUCACUGUCUUUUACCACACAUGGCCAAUCGUUUUGCUUUGUUCCUCUACUCUGAUGGUGGACCGGACCAUCGUCUCACGUACGUGAGUGUUCAGUUGUCACUGAUAGCAUUAUUUUAUAACUUCGAUCUUGAUAUUCUUGUUGCAUGCAGAACUGCUCCAUCACAUAGCUGGGCUAAUCCAGUAGAAAGAAUGAUGUCCGUAAUUAAUUUAGGUUUGCAGUGUAUUGGUAUAAUGAGGACAGAAAUGGGAAAAGAGAUUGAAAAAAAGUUUGAAGCCAGCAAUAAUUUAAAAGAAUUGAGAGCUAACUGUGUUGAUCACCAAGAUGCAGUAAUUGAAACACUUAAACCUGUAAAGGAACUUUUAAACUCAACCUUGCAACGGCUGGAGUUAAAAGGGAAGGCAUUUCAGAUUUUUGACAGUGCAUCAAAGACUGAACUUGAAGAUUUUUGGAGCAUUUUGUUAGUUAUAGAACCACUCCUUACAGAAGACAGUCCCUCUAAGGAGGCACUAAAGAGUUAUCCUUCAUUAGUUAAAUUCAUUCAGCACUGCUGCAGCUUUAAAAAGUAUGCUGUUACAAUUAAGAAGUGUGGCCAAGACGAAUGCCCUAUCUGUAAGACUGUUAGAAUGCCAAUGGAGAGGUUUUCAAACUUGUAUACUUUGCCGAAUCCUGUUAUUGGUGAAGAUGGGCAUUACAAAGAUUUUCAGUCUGUAAUUAAGACAGAUACAUCGAAUUCAUAUGCUCCAUCAGAAUUAACUAAAAAUAGCAAAGCAAAUCUUGGAUUUAAUGUAACUCAGCAGCAUGCAAAGAAUACUGGAACUGUUAUACAAUGUGAAGAAUGCAGCAUGUGGCGCCUCAUAUUCUCAAAGAAAAAAUUGAGUCCUCAAGGCAAAGCAGAUUUAUCAAGACUACUAGACGAUAUAUCGUACACAUGUGGGGCUGCAUUUGAUGAAAUAAAUCUCCCAGAGUCUUUAAAUACAAUUUGUAUUAAAACACAUAAUUGCCAUGAUAAAAUAGAAAAGUUGUACUAUUCCUCAGGUUUUGAGCCUAUCUGCAUUCAUUGUGGUACUGUUUGUACAGCUAAUGAUUCUUUAUAUUAUCCACAGUGUUCUAAUUGCAGGCAACCUAAAAUUAAAAAGCUGAGUAGAGGGAGAAAGUAGAAAAAUGCACUUAUAAUUCUUUAAUAAUUUUUAAUAACUUUAACUAAUAACUAUAACUACCGCCCGCCCGCUGCAGGUGGAGUCUGAGAAACAAUGAAUUUAAUCGCGG